AUGGAAUACGAUUUUAUCACAGAUAAACCAGUGCGAGUAGCAGUGCAUCCGUUAGUAAGCAACCGACUUGCUAUUGGAUUCAUGGAUGGCUCAAUUGUAUUUUACACUUUCGACUCUUUAUCUGCGAGUAUUGAGUUUGUAGCAUCUAAAAAAUUGAAAAAAGCAGUGCGGGAAAUUUCUUUCUCGAAUGACGGUGUACAGCUGUUCGCAGUUUCUGAAAAUCGUGCCCUCUGUGUAUAUGAUGUUGAAGCUAAUAAAAGGAUUCGGUGUAUUCAAAAAAGUCAUGAUAGUAAAGUAAAUUCAUUGCUUGUUUUACCGGCUUCAUCUACAAAAGGUCAGCAAGUCGCAACUGGCGAUGAAUCUGGCGAAAUUAAGAUGUGGGAUUUGCGAGUAAAGGAGCCCGUAAUAAAUUGUUACAAUGAUCAAGAAGAUGUUAUAAAUGAUUUCAAUAUUGCUGAAAAUGCUUUAUUGGCGGCGAGUUCUGAUGGCACUCUCGGAGCAUACGAUUUUCGAAAACGAAAAAUAAUGAUGAGAUCAGAAUCUAUGCACUGUGAACUAUUGUCUUUAGCUGUCACGCCAAAUUAUUGUUAUGUUGGAAACGGCGACGGUUAUUUAGAAGUAUUCAAAACUAAAGAAUAUGGUAAUCUGUUGGAAAGAAUUAAAACAGAUCAUUCUCUCGGCAUUGACUGUUUGCAAAUUCUCAGACAGGGUGUUUUAUUAACAGGUUCCAAUGAAAGUAAGCGACUUAGAAUAACUCAUUUAAAUCCUCACAAAAAUAUGGGUGCCAUUGGCGUACAUGUUGGAGGUGUCCAGCAGCUAUCGGUCACAUCUGAUAAAACAUGGCUUAUAAGUGUAGGAUGGUUACAAUCAACCGUUAAGUUUUGGUGCUUAUCAGAUAUAUUAACAAAGAUACCAAUACUGCGGUCGCAUGACAUUGCAUGCAAAAGGAUCAAAAAAUCAUCGUAUUUCUUUCAUGAUCUUGUAAAUGAUGCUCAAUUUUCGACGAUGCAAGAAGAGAAACUGGCAUGUUUAGCAUGUGCUUCGAAGGAAAGUCUAAAUAUUUGUCCCAGAUGUGGUCGAGCAUAUUGCUCAGUAAAGUGUUACCGAUGCACUAUGCAUCAAAAGUGUUCUGAGUCGUUUUAUCGUGAGUGUGUGGAGCGAGAAAUUCGUUUCCAAAAAGGUAGCCAUCAACAGCAAUUGAUAACUUUUGAACAAUUCAUGGAUGAACAGCGUACAGAAAAUAUGAAGGAAAUAAGUGUAAAAGGUUGUUCAGAGCAAGAAAUAUUGGAUUCAGAUGAUGAAAACGAAGAUUACCUGGAAAAAGUCCAAAGCGAAUGCCUUUCGGAGUAUCAAUCUGCUGAAGAACGAGAAUUGGAUAGGCAGCUGACAGUGCUUGGUAUCGGAGUAGAUAACGACAGUCUUUUGUCAUCAUUAACUGAUGAGGAACAAAAAUCAUUCACUUUGUUUUAUGAGCGAUUAUUAGAAGAAGAACUUGGUCUUGGUCGUUCAGUUUUUACAAAAAAGAAAUGA